UUAUUUCUCAGCAUCUUUUGAGGCUAAAAACCGAAAGUAUGAAGUGUUUCGGAGAAAGACCGAAGACACGUCAUUGCAAGGUUAUCUUGCUGGAUGAAACGGAGCUGAUCCAGGAAAUACAGGACACGAGUAGGGGACAGGACCUGUUGGACGUGGUAUUCAAACAUCUGAAUUUGUUGGAAACAGCCUACUUUGGACUUCGUUUCGUCGACUCGUCAGGUCAAACACACUGGUUAGAUUCAACUAAGAACGUGGCGAAACAACUGAAAGGUACAUCUCCGUGCACGUUGUAUUUCAAUGUCAAGUUUUACGCAUCUGACCCGUGCAAGUUGCUAGAAGAAAUCACAAGAUAUCAGUUUUUCUUGCAGGUCAAGCAAGAUAUUUUAAAAGGACGACUUCCAAUUUCCUUUGACUUAGCAGCGGAACUGUUCGCGUACACUCUUCAGUCUGAAUUAGGUGACUAUGACUACAGAAGACAUCAACCUGUCUCAGAGAUAAGGUUUAUUUCGAACCAAACAGUAAGUUUGGAAUCUAAAGCUGCUGAACUACAUAAAAGUCUUGUGGGAAAAUUACCAGCAACAGCAGAACUUAAUUUCUUGGAACGGGUGAGGUGGCUGGACAUGUAUGGCGUUGACCUCCAUCCUGUUUUGGGGGAGGACAACACUGAAUAUUUUCUGGGUCUCACACCCAGUGGGGUCAUUGUUCUCCGCAACAAAGCCAAAGUGGGAAACUACUUUUGGCCUAGGAUAACAAAGGUCUACUUCAAGGGGAAAUAUUUCAUGUUGAGAAUUAGGGAUAAAAAUAAUGAUGAAAACACAUAUGGAUUUGAACUUCCCAGUAAACAGGCUUGCAAACAUUUGUGGAAGUGUUGUGUUGAACAUCAUGCUUUCUUCAGGCUAACUCAAGUAUGGGAGGUUCCAGGAGGUUCAGGAAAAAUGUUUAGUUUGAGUUCAAGAUUUCGAUACAGCAGUAGAACGCAGAAACAGAUGCAGUUAGACCUAAAACAAAAUAGACCACCACCAACAAUAACCCGAGUCCCAAUUAGACGUUUUCAGAAGCGGCUAGGUCAACCAGAUGGUGCAGAUGCUGGCAGUCAUAUGAAAGAAGAAUUGUAUGAAAACAGCCUUAUAGAAAACAGGUCAAAUAUCUCCAUCCCUCAAGCAGUCAACCCCUUAACAUCCAUGUACAGAUCAACAUCUGUUCCUUCUGCUUUGCCAUUCUCUGAUUCUCCUCACAGUGCACGGUCUGUCCCUUGGGAAGAUAGUAAACAUAGGGGUCUAUAUUCAAACUCCACCAAUCCAUCUCCCCGAUCAGUGAAAAGUGCUUCUUCUCGCAUUCACCUUCAUCAGCGAUCAGCCUCUAUAGAGAGUGACAGUAGUUGCGAUUCCAGAAGACGACGGCAUCACCGUAGCAGAAAGAGUUCAGAUAAUGACAGUGAGGUGUCAAAGUCUUCCAGAGGGUCCAAAACCUCAAAGUCUUCAAAAAAUAGCAGCUCUAAUAGAAGAUCACAUCAUAGAGAUGCUACUAGUGGUAGUGAAUCAGAAAGUCGUAGAAAACAUAAAAAACACCACAGGAGAAGCAAGUCAGGAAGCACGUAUGAACUGGUUGAUUCUGAGGCCCAGUGGAGAGUGGUGCAGCAACAGCAACUGGAGAAUAACUGUUUCAAGCCACAAAAUGCUGUUGUGCGAGAUUUGUCAAGUAGAAAAAGUGGCUAUCACAACUCUGGAAUGGAAACAGAAUCUGAAGCAACUUUUCUUCAGAAGAAAAAGCACAGACGACACAGGUCAAGGUCAAAAUCUCCAGAAAACAAGAAGGGAUUAUCUGGUGAACUUAAAAAGCACAUUGAAUAUUCAUUGAUUGAUCCUGAUAAUUUGACGGAGGAAGAAAAACGAGACAUUAAGUAUACCAAGGUCGAAACUGACAGUAGAUUGGUCAAGAUUCGCUAUUCACCUACAACUGGUCAAGCUUACUGUCGAGUUGCCAAAUUGCCAUUAAAGAACUCUUCAGAACAGUUAAAAAGCAGGGUGUCGGCAGAAGACGCUGAUAGUCCACCUCCUCCUCCUUAUACAGAAGGUGGAUCUGUAUUACAGGAAAAGUCUCAGAUGCCCACACAUACAGAUGGUGGUUUUGCCAUGACAACUCAACUAAACGAUACUAGGAUCUCAGACAACAAGAGUAAACAUGGUUCUAGCCUCCCUAGUAAUGUAUACAGACAUAACUUGUCAAUGCCAUUACCUGGAACAUCAAAUACAUCCAUGAUUCACAGUAGUAGAGGAUUUGUUCAGGCUCGGUUGAUUCCACCCAAAAUUAAUCACCCAUUUCUUCAAAAUCAGUCCUUGGACAUAAAAUCCAAUGGCAACAGUUUACGACCUGAAACCAGUGAUAAUGGUAGUCAAACAAAGUUACAAUGUUUGAGAACAUCUAAUGGAACCAUGUAUAUUAAUGGAAAAAUAAACCACACGACAGCAUCUCUUUCUCCACUAGUGACUUUUCAAACAUCGGGAAAGUCUGUUGCUGGUAAGUCUUUUUCCCAGUCUAAUACAUGUAAUCCAGGAAGCUCAAAAAUAGCCAAUGAACUCUCAAAACCCACAAAUGGGGGAGAGUUACAGUCAGAAAAUAACCUGGAAAUGAGCACAGAACUCUAACAAAAUCUUGUCUAGGAAGCAAAAAUUUUAUUCUUUUUUUUAUGCUGUUUUAUUUAUCUGUGUUAAUGAAAUAAAUAUUGAAUAUUUACUUACCUGUCACAAAAUUUAUUGAGAGCAAAUAAUAAAUUACAAAUAUAAACAAAGAUGUUUUUUCUUGCUUAAUGAAGAAGAUAAUGUAUGGAUUAAU